UGAGCAGUAUCGUGCCGCGUCGACAGCCAGCUCCAGCUUUCGAACGCAGUCAGCCAACUAGCGCCAAUAUGCCACUUCCGCUCCUGCUCGCCAGCAGUGCCUUUCUCCUCCCGACGGUGCAGCCGCGACAGUGCGCGGGCAUUCAUGCAGCGGCGAUCUUCGGCCCGCGCUCGCUCCACGCGCGACUCUGCACCGAGCCGGCAGCUGAUGAGGACGCCACUUACGAGGCGUGCAUGCGGAUGCGUGUCUCCGAGCUCAAGGCCGAGCUCGAUCUGCGCAAGCAGUCGUACGAGGGCGUGAUGGAGAAGGACGAGCUUGCGCGGAUGCUGGCGGACGCGAGGUCGCAGGGCCUCGCCGAUCCCGACAUCGUCGACAGCUUCAACAAGGCGAACUUGGAGAACGCCUACAACCCGCAGCCAGCCGUGGAUCCGGACGCUGUCGCCGAGGCGGUGGCGAGCGACGGUGGCCUGCCGGGAGGCAUGUCGCCGGAGACCCUGAUGAAGCUGACGCAGGACCCGGAGCUGAUGGCGAUGCUGCGGAACCCGAAGAUGCAGGAUGUGAUGAAGAAGGUGAUGUCCUCGGGCCCAGAGGCGGCUGCCGAGAUGAUGGCUGACCCAGACGUGGCGGAGAUGCUGGAGAAGUUCAAGGCGGCGACGGGCCAGUAAGUACCGGUGCAUGUAGGAUUCUAGGUCACGUGUACCCCCGGUCCCGUCUUGGAGUGUAUUUUGCUGCCAUGUGUUUGGUGAUCGACGGCUUGCAUGACGUGCUGUGACCGAUAGUAGCGGAGGCUG